CUUAUUACAGCUUAGCCACUUACCGCAGUAAACUCUCCAUCAGACCAGCCCUCCCUCCCUCCCUCUCUCUCUCUCUCUCUCUCUCUCUCUCUCUCUCUCGCUCUCCCGCUGUCUAUCUGUCGCCCCCAGCGUGCGACAAUGUUCUGGUGUUUUCUGCCGUGAAACCCUGAAAUUUGUAGCUGGAAAUGGCGUCGAAGGGCAAGGAAAUCGCCGGAAAAGGCUCCGUUGGGAAGAGGAAGCGGGAUGACAGCGACAAAUCCGGUGGUCGCAAGCGGAAGAACUUGAGUGUUCUCCAGUUCUUCGAGGAUUCUGCCGACGUCGAUGACUACAGUGAUAGCGAGGAUAGUGAGAUUGGUGAUGAUUUUUUCGAAGAAGAGUUUGACAUGGAUGUGAAAGAGAAGAAUGAAACUGGAAAAGCUCAAAACCUUCCAUUUUUGCCAAAAGAAGAGGAGCUGACUGUAGAUGAAUUUGAAAGAGCAUUGGAAGAGCGAUAUAAGAGUGGUUCAGGACUUGUUACGUAUGCCGAUGAUGAGAAUGAUUCUAAAAGAUCAAUUGAUAGAAACUUUCUUAUGCCUUCUGCGAAGGAUCCAACUAUAUGGAAAGUCAAAUGCAUGGUUGGACGAGAGAGGCAUUCUGCUUUCUGCCUUAUGCAGAAGUACAUUGAUUUGCAGUCAUUGGGAACGAAACUGCAGAUAAUUUCUGCAUUUGCUGUUGAACAUGUAAAAGGCUUUAUUUAUAUUGAAGCUGAUAAGCAAUCUGAUGUUAAUGAGGCAUGCAAAGGACUUUGUAGCAUAUAUUCUAGUCGGUUGGCACCAGUUCCAAAAAAUGAAAUUUCCCAUUUGCUCUCGGUCCGAAGCAAAUACAAUGAAGUUUCUGAGGGCAUGUGGGCUCGAGUGAAGAAUGGAAAAUACAAGGGAGAUCUAGCACAGGUUGUGGCUGUGAAUGAUGCGCGAAAACGAGCAACAAUAAAGCUGAUCCCCAGAAUCAAUUUGCGAGCAAUUGCUGAAAAAUUUGGUUGGGGGGUUAGUUUGAAGAAAAUUGCUACGCCAGCUCCGAGAUUGAUCAGCUCAAGUGAACUUGAGGAGUUCCGGCCUCUCAUUCAUUACCGUCGUGAUCGCGAUACUGGCAAGCAUUUUGAGAUUCUUGACGGUCUGAUGCUUAAGGAUGGAUAUUUAUACAAGAAAGUCUCCAUUGAUUCAUUAACCUGCUGGGGUGUUGUGCCUUUGGAAGAAGAGCUUCAAAAGUUUACACCUUCCAAGAAUGAUGAGUCUGAAAAUGUGGAGUGGCUUACACAGAUUUAUGGUGAACAAAGGAAAAAACGCUGCCGCUUUAUGAAUUUGAAGAGUGAGAAAGGGGGUGGAAGCAAAGGGGGUGGGAAAGGUGGGAAAGGUGAGGGCACAUCAGGGUCUAGUAUGGAGAACAAUUUUGAGGUGGAUGAUCUUGUGUGCUUUGGCCGGAAGGAUUUUGGUGUUAUCUUGGGCGUGGAUAAAGACAAUAAGUACAAGAUUCUAAAAGAGGGUUCUGAAGGACCAGUAACGGUGACUGUUGAUCUGCGUGAGUUGAAGAAUGUGCCCUUUGAUAAGAAAUUUACUGCAUUAGAUCAGCAUAUGAAGAUCAUAUCCAUCAAUGAUACUGUCAAGGUCUUGGAAGGUCCAUCUAAGGGUAGGCAAGGGAUUGUCAAGCAAAUCUACAGAGGUACUAUCUUUUUAUAUGAUGAAAGCGAGAUGGAAAAUAGUGGUUAUUUCUGCUCUAGAUCUCAGAUGUGUCAGAAAGUUAAGCGUUCUGGUGGUGCAUGCAAUGAAAAGGGUGGUGAAUCGUCAGGUCUCCCAGCUUUUGAUGAUUUUCCAUCAUCUCCUAAAUCUCCUUUGUCACCUAAAAAUCCAUGGCAAGCAAGGGAAAAUAAUCGUGACUUCAACCGAGGAGAUAAAGAUGGAAUAUUCUCUGUGGGUCAAACAUUGAGAAUCAAAGUGGGUCCUCUAAAAGGGUACAUCUGUCGUGUAUUGGCAGUACGUCGUUCUGAUGUUACGGUGAAGCUUGAUUCUCGACAUAAGGUUCUUACAGUUAAAUGUGAGGAUCUUUCUGAGGUCAGGGAAAAGAAAUCUGCCAUUUCGCUGAGCGAGGAUCCAGAGUCCAGUACUAUGAAAGCAUUUGACUUCCUUGGAACACAUGGUUGCUCAGCAGAUUGGAUGGAGGGAGCGGGAAAACCAGCAGAGAGUGAUGGGUGGAAUGCUGGAGGGCUGUCUGCUGAAAGGAGCUCUUGGCCUAGUUUCCCCACUGCAAGCUUUUCGCUUCAACCAGAUUCCAGUUCUGCAAAUCCUCUUGGUUCUGUAGACAAUGAUUCCAAUAAAGAUGCAGGGGAUGAUGCUUGGGAAAGGAAAAUAACUCAAAAUCAGGAUUCACCAUGGGGUGCUGCAAUAGCUGAUGUUAAAGCUUCUGUUGAAAGUGAUCAAGCUGGAGGCUGGGUACAAAGUGGAGACUCCUGGAACCAAGCUUCUUCCAAAGAUGUCACUGGUAAUCAUGAAAAUAGUCGGAAAAAAUCAGAGUCGUCAUGGGAUAGAGGGAAGAGUGUAUCUGUGAAUCCAACUGGAAGUUGGAAUAGUGAAGCUGCUGGGAAGAACCAGCUGGACUCUUGGGGGAAGGGAAAGAAUAUAGUUGAAGCAGGCUCUGUAGAUGAGCGAGAAGAUGGUGGAGGUGAUGGAUUUACCUGGGGCAAAGCUGUGGAGUCCAAAUAUAAAGGCAUUGGUAAGGAGCUUCAAGAAGAUUCAUGGGGCAAAGCAGCAGAAAAGUGGGGCUGCAAAGAUGCUUCGAAUGGAAGCAAAGCAGAUUGGGGUAAUCCAAUGGCUCCAUCAGAGAAUACGUCUGGAAGCUGCGCUAGUGCAGGUGAGGGCUGGUCUGCACGAGGGUCGGAAAAUAUAGUUCAGUCAAGUGGCUGGAAUAGAGACAAGAGUGUGAAUGGAAGUCAGAAGGAGAAUUGGGGUGGCUCCAAGAGUGUUGGCGAAGAUGCAGCCAGAUGGGGGAAUCAGAAUAAUGAUUCAUGGAAUAAACAAGAUGGGGGAUCCUCUUGGAAGAAACAGGAUGGGGGAUCUUGUAAUAAAGCUGAAGUCAAUGCAGAAGAUGAGUUUAAAGGGAGAGGGAACCAAAACAAUGACUGGGGUGGAUCAAAGAGUUUUGGUGGGGAUAGAGGAUUCAGUGGUUGGAAUAAAGGACAGACGGGGGAUAAAAAUGAUACAGAUCAGCAAAAUACGUGGGAGAGGCCAAAACAACUUGAUGGGGGUCGUGGGUCAGGAGGUGGGAGAAGGGGAAGAGGAGGUGCCCGAGGAGGUAGAGAUCAAUUUGGCAGAGGAAGAUCAUUUGGUCAGGAUCAAUCUUCUGGUUGGAACAAGGGUGGUCAAGAAAAUAAUUGGUCAGGUGAUGGAGCAGGCUUGGGGAAGCCAUCAACUUGGAACAGCAAUCAGGUAGGUGGUUGGAGUCAAGGCAAAGGUUUUGAUGGAGAUCAGAAAGAUGAUGAUUGGAACAAGCCAAGUGCCUCCAGUGAAGGAGGGGGAAGUAGCUGGAGCAAAGUUGGAGAUAAAUGGACCAACACAAAACCCUCUGGUGGAUGUGAAUCAAGUUGGAAUAAUAAUCAAACUGAGCAUCAGGAUGGUGUCAAAACUAAUGCAGGUAAUCAAUCUUCGGGUUGGCACGGUGGAGGCAGCAAGUGGAAUUCAUCCAAAUCAUCUGAUGGGGGUUCUGCUUCUGGAUGGAAUAAAGGAUCUGCUGCAAAUGAAGAAUCUGGUGGAAGUGGGUCUCAGCAAAAUAGUUGGAAUGCAGGUAAAGCUACUGUUGGGAACCAGGGUGCUGGUUGGGGAAGUGGAACGAGUGCUGCUAGGGAUGGACCACCUGGUAUGGUUGAAAAUGGAAAUAAAUGGACCAGUGCAAAAUCUUCUGGGGGACACAAGUCAAGCUGGAACAAUAAUCAAACUGAGCAGCAGGAUGCUGACAAAGCUAAUGCUGGUAAUCAAUCAUCUGGUUGGCACAGUGGAGGCGGCAAGUGGAAUUCAUCCAAAUCAUCCGAUGGGGGUUCUGCUUCUGGAUGGAAUAAAGGAUCUGCUGCAAAUGAAGAAUCUGGUGGAAGUGGGUCUCAGCAAAAUAGUUGGAAUGCAGGUAAAGCUACUGUUGGGAACCUGGGUGCUGGUUCGGGAAGUGGAACGAGUGCUGCUAGGGAUGGACCAUCUGGUAUGGUUGAAAAUGGAAAUAAAUGGACCAGUGCAAAAUCUUCUGGGGGACAUAAGUCAAGUUGGAACAAUAAUCAAACUGAGCUGCAGGAUGCUGACAAAGCUAAUGCUGGUAAUCAAUCAUCUGGCUGGCACAGUGGAGGUGGCAAGUGGAAUUCAUCCAAAUCAUCCGAUGGGGGUUCUGCUUCUGGAUGGAAUAAGGGAUCUGCUAAAAAUGAAGAAUCUGGUGGAAGUGAGUCUCAGCAAAAUAGUUGGAAUGCAGGUAAAGCUACUGUUGGGAACCAGGGUGCUGGUUGGGGAAGUGGAAUGAGUGCUGCUAGGGAUGGACCAUCUGGUAUGGUUGAAAAUGGAAAUAAAUGGACCAGUGCAAAAUCUUCUUGGGGACAUAAGUCAAGCUGGAACAAUAAUCAAACUGAGCAGCAGGAUGCUGACAAAGCUAAUGCUGGUAAUCAAUCAUCUGGUUGGCACAGUGGAGGCGGCAAGUGGAAUUCAUCCAAAUCAUCCGAUGGGGGUUCUGGUUCUGGAUGGAAUGAAGAACCAGCUGGGAGUGGGUCUCGGUGCAGUGGUUGGAACACGGGUAAAUCUGAUGCUGGGGAUCAGGGUACUGGUUGGGGAAGCGGCAGCGGCCAAGGAAAUGGUUGGAACGGUGGAAACACUUCAGGAGGCGGAUCAGAAAAAGGGUGGGGUCAGAGUAACAAUUGGAAAAGUACAAGCAGCGAAGCAGCCGAUUGGAGUCAGAAGAGCAGUUGGAAUUCUGGGAAUGCUUUUGGCAGUGACCAGUCAGGAGCUGGUGGAAAUGAUUAUGGACUGGACAGCUCCAACAACAGGGGAAGGGGCAACAAUUGGAGGGGUGGUAGAGGCAACUCUGACAGAGGCGGCUUCAGGGGCAGAGGUGGCUCUGACGGGGGCGGUUUUGGCCGUAGAGGUGGCUUUGGGGGUAGGGGCAGUUCUGACAGGGGAGGCUUUGGGGGUAGAGGCAGUUCUGACAGGGGUGGCUUUGGGGGUAGAGGCAGUUCUGAAAGAGGUGGCUUCGGUGGGAGAGGUAGUUCAGACAGAGGAGGCUUUGGUGGUAGAGGUCGAGGAAGGAGGGAUCCGGGUGGUGGCUGGAACAAUAGAAAUGAGACUGGUGAGGGCAAAUCUUUUGGAUGGAACAAAGGGCCUAACAGUAACACUGAGGAUUGGAAAGGUAAUGACGUGGCAGUCUCUUGGAACCAAGGAGGUGGUGACAAGGGCAAUUGGCAGAGUUGGGGUUCGGGAACUGGUUCAGCUAAAGAAAAUGGUCUGAAUGAAAGUCAACCUGGUGGUUGGGGUAGCCAGAAGUCUGGAUGGAGCCAACCAGCCUCGUGGGAUAAAGAUGCUGGUGGGAGUAAUGCUGAAGGGGGCGGUUGGAACAAAGGGAGUGCUGUGAAUAAUGAAGCCGGAGGAGGCAAGGAUACUGAAAAUAAAUGGAAACCAUCAAAUACAUGCGGUGGAGGGUCCAGCUGGAGUCAUUCAGCUGCUGGUGAAGAAGCUGCACAGAACACUGGUUGGACUCCGGGAACUAGUGCGUCUAAAGGAAGCAGUGGGGGGAACAACAAAGCUGGAGGUUGGAAUUCAGGAUCAGGGUGGAAGCAGUCAAAGGCAGCAGUAGAGAGUGAUGGCACUGAUGCUCAGUCCUGGGGUUGGAACAAAGGAACUAGUAGCUCUGCUAAUGAUGGGGAGGGGAGCAAUGCUAAAAGCGGGGGUUGGAAAACAGAAGCAGCUCAUCAGACAACGGGAGGAGGUGGUUGGAAUGAAGAUGCAGGUGCAAGCAAUGCUCAAACUGGAGGUUGGAACAAGGGAGCACCAAGCAGCAAAGGGAGUGGAGGGUGGUGAGCACCCUAAAAAAAAAUCUGCUUGGAUAGUUUUUGUUUUAUUUUGAAGAACGGAUUUGGUACCAGUUGGGAUGGGGUCUGAACAGGUUGUUCAUGGUUUUAAGGUUGUCCAGUCAGAAACCUUUUUUUCUUAAGAACUUAUUGGAUUCCUUGAUUUAUGUAAUCUCUCUCUCUCUCUCUC